AGUAAGCAUGCCUGAGCCCGCGAAGUCGGCGCCGGCCCCGAAGAAGGGCUCUAAGAAGGCGGUGACCAAGGCGCAGAAGAAGGACGGCAAGAAGCGCAAGCGCAGCCGCAAGGAGAGCUAUUCGGUGUACGUGUACAAGGUGCUCAAGCAGGUGCACCCCGACACGGGCAUCUCGUCCAAGGCCAUGGGCAUCAUGAACUCGUUCGUGAACGACAUCUUCGAGCGCAUCGCGGGCGAGGCCUCGCGCCUGGCGCACUACAACAAGCGCUCGACCAUCACGUCUCGGGAGAUCCAGACCGCCGUGCGGCUGCUGCUGCCCGGGGAGCUGGCCAAGCACGCCGUGUCUGAGGGCACCAAGGCCGUCACCAAGUACACCAGCUCCAAGUGAGCGCACCCUGCUGCUACCUACAACCCAAAGGCUCUUCUCAGAGCCACCUACUUACCCGUAAUUGGAGCUGUACACUGAUAAUUUCUGUUCCCUGAGUGGCACCGCUUCGUAAAAUGGUACGUUAAUUCCUGAGCAUUUACCCGUUCACAGUGUCACAAAAGCGUCCAUUCCAACAAUACCGGAGCUCCUGAAAGGAGUGGGUGCCUUUUGAAA